AAUGCCUACACAAAAGAAGAAAGUAAAGAAAGCAACCGAAACCAGCGAAAGUAAACCUGCCGUCGACAUUAAACAAGAGCCGGAAGAGUUGAAACCGCUCGGUGCCUACGUUGACGACCGGCUCGAGCUGAUACGGCAAGUGUUUUCCUGUGUAAAGCCGAAAGAGAUCAAGUACCUUUUGCCCGAUUUUCUGGAGGGAAAGUCGAACGAUGUGAUAAAGGAGCGCUGUUUGGAUGAGCUGCUCGGUAUCUCUACCAAGCGGCUACACUCAAUCAUCAACAAUACAAAAUGUCCCACUGACACGGAAUCGUCGUCGGAGGAGGAAGGGUCAGAUGUGGAAAAAAUAGAAGAGCACAUUUCCUUGGAUGAAAUUUCUUCCGAUUCCGACGUUGACUCGAAGCGAACAUCGAAGCGAGGUAAAAAAGCCGAUGCCUCGAAGCAAACCGAUGAAAGGAACGGUGAACCAAAAUCGGAAAAGGAGAUGACGGUGCUUGAGUUGCUUGAGCUGCAAGCUCGUGCACGUGCUAUCCGAUCGCAGCUAGCGCUGGAACCGGUAACGAAGAUAGAAAUCGAUUCCGAACAUGAAGCUGAGGAUGGUGGUCGUCACGGUGACGUCGACACGGACGAUGAAUCUAAACAGUCUGGUUCAAAAUCAUCCGAGCAAGCGAAAAAUGGAAAUCAUUUUAAGAAGGAAAACAACAACAGCAACUCCCUACAACAAACCAAGCGUGUACGGUUGAAGCGUAACUUCCGCAUACGGAAGGUUGGUGAUGAAGAGGAUGAUGAGCACGAGGUGUCCAGCAAUCCACCCGAUAAUGGGCGUGAAAAAUCUACCGAAAAAUCGAUGGAAGCAGUAGAGUUGGAAGAGAAAGUGACGGAAAACCCGGAUCCGGAAGAAAAGGCGACUGAAUCGGAUAAUUUAAUUGACGAUAAAAAUCCCACCACCGACCAAGCUCUGUCAGAAAACGCUACAGAAAAAGACACCGAAACAACGAUCGAUUCGGAUGCAAACGUCGUCACUGCUGUUGUGACAGAUGAAAACGCACCACUACCAGAUGUCGCUAAUGAUGCAAUUGAAAAGGAUACUCCUGUUCCGGAAGAUGCUACCGAACUCCGCAAGCCCGAUGAAGGUAAUGAAACACGCGAAAGCUCGCCGGAAGUUAUUCCCGUCGAGGCAAGCCCAGAAACAUUGUGCAUUUCGUCCGAUUCCGAGGAAGAACGGCUUGCAAAGGAACGUGCCUCUAUUUUCGUACCGAACAUAGAGGAACUGGACCGUCAGGCUAAGAAACCGCCGACACCGGAACCGGAAAAGCCGGCGGAAGAUACGGAACCGGAGGAAGGUGAAAUUUCCGAAGAAGAACCACUAGUAGAAGAAGAACCGAUAAUUGCAGAGCAGCAGGCCGAUCCGACGGAUAAAGCAGCUACGGAAACAGAGCAGCCCCUGGGAGAUGAAGGUGAAAAAGAUGACGGAACGGAUCAUGUUAAAAUUCAGGACACUGUGGCGGAAACGACAGUUGAAGCCGCUCAAGAAACAGUAGUGCAAACGUUAUCCUCGGGUAGUGAAGGAUCGGAUGGGUCCAGUAGUAGCGGUAGCUCGUCCGAGAGCUCAUCAGAGGCCGAGGAGGACGAGGAAGCUAAAGCUGAACCAACCAAGAUGGAUCACUCGGCACAGGACGACGAGGACAUUGUGGAGAUACAUGAUUCUGGUGAUGAAAAUCUACUGCUGGAAGAUAAACCGCCCGAGGAGGAAGUGCCAAAGUCUUGGAACUCGCGAUGGCUGAAGAGCAAUCGUGUUGCGAAGGUAAUGGCCGCAUCGCGGCUAGGCAACAAAGUGCGCGAAAAGUUGAAGAAAAAGAAACAAAUACAACAAGCCGCUGAGCAGCAACAGGCACAACAGGAACCUCCCGUAGUGGCCAAUUUGGAGCUUUCUCAAGCGUCACCGAAACUGGUCGAUACUGUUGCGGAAUUGCCCCCCAACUUUGAACUUGGCUCGGUAGAGCAUUAUCGGGAACUGGUCGCAAAGCAGCAGCAAGAAGGCAAGCAAGAUUAG